AUGGAGAGUCCGAGAACCAGCACACCCAGCACGCUGAGUAUUGAUGCACAUCAUCAGUCAAGCCGAUUUCAAGGCAUACCGGAUCACUUGGAGGCCGUGGAGAAAGUUAACAAUUACGCGCAACAACUGACAACGGCUUUUAAUCAGCUCCUUGAGACAACAAAAUGGGACAUCGACCGUGCGAGACAAGAGACAAAAUUGAUAGAGGAGCGACUCCAGGACUCGGAGUCGGAAAAAGCGGAAUUGCUCCAGCGCCUACGCGAAAUCGAAGGCAAGUAUAAGGCGUUGGAAGACGUCGUCAUGGAGAAAGACGAAGAAAUCCAGCAGAAUUGGAAGGCGCUGCAAUUAGCAGAAGAAGAAAACAUCAAGCUCGAAUAUGGAAGGGGACUAGCGAUUUCUGUAAUGACCGAGACACAAUACAACGCGGCUAUUUCAGAAGCACUGGCCAAUGAAAGAGCCGAGAAGGCGCUUCAGUCCGAGGCCGCAUCGCAUUAUCGAGCGGAAAAACUCCAGGAAGAAAGGAACUUGGCGGUCAAUGCCAGGGACGCCGCAGAAUGCCGGGCUGAGGAUGCAGAGAAGGCCAAAAUCUUGGCAGAGGAACGGGCCAAGGGGUUGGAGAGCAACCAGGCGUAUAUGCUUUCGUUGAGACAACAAGCAGAGAUACAAGCAGAAAAGGCGCAGUGGAGAGGGGCAAUGAAGCCAGAAGGCUGUUGGAGGUGGCGACCUCCAUUGACCGAGUUGAGGCGGCGAUCUGUGUCAGGCCACCAAAGGACGGACUCACCAAAGCGAACAAAGGAUCACGGCCUUUCUCAUCUCCCGCGACAAAGAGGAGAGAGUUCCUGGCCCAGAGGCAACAUAUCACGACCAGCGACUAGAAGACUUGGCAGAGAAUCUUAACCGCGUGGUGAAAGACUGGGGAACGGAAAAGGAGAGGCAUGCUCUUUUCACAUUCACGAACGACUCGAUCACGGUUGCUAGAGUGAGAAGGGGGCGUGACACUUGUGAAUCUUCGCUUCGCGUCCGGUGUGUCCGUCAUCAUAAAGAGCCAGUGAUCAUUGUGUUUUCCGUCAUUUCCAUCGCGCGCGCAAUCUAUGGAGCGGAUCUCGAUUCGAAAGCUGCCGAGGAGCUUUUACGCGCUUACAUAUCCCAGAAGGUCUCCAGGCGACAUGCCCAAAAUUUGGAUGUAGGUGAGGAAACUGAACGAGUCAUACUGUUUCGUUGGGCAAACCUUGUGGAUAUCCUCAACGAGAUUGCAAGGGUUUAUCACAAGCCGGUUUUGGCCGCGGGGACCGUUUGA